CACCUUAGGGAGCAAUUUGUACCUUUGUAAACGUUUCCCCCUAUAAAACUACAGUAAUGGUAAAGGCCAAAGCGAAACACGUGUCGCUUUGGCGCUUGUUUUAAUAAAUGUGUUGCUAGACGUUUUAUUUUUCUAUGUCCGGUCCCACGGAGUGAAGUAAUACAGACAAAACAGUAUAUCUUCGGAAUGACAGAGACCAAAAAAAACUAUAUUUUCCAAAUAUCUGGAAUCCGAGACAAGAAAAUAAAGAAGAUAGUACUUGUUGGAAUAAAGAAGCUUGGUGGAAAGUAUAUUGGUGGAUCUUCAUAUAGUGAACUUGCAACACAUCUUAUAGUUGAACAUCCUUGUGCAAGUGAAAAAUGUCUGGCAUUUUGUGCAGCAGGAAAAUGGAUACUGCCAAUUAAGUACUUGACAGAGAGUGACAGGAAUGGUAAAUGGCUACCUGAAGAAUCCUAUGAAUGGAAUAAUGAAAGUGGAAAAUCUUAUUCUUCAUAUCGCACAGUGCAUGAGAAAAUGCCUCCCAAAAUUUGGCGAAUGCGAAUGUCUGCAUCUGGUUUUCAUGGAAGCUUUCAUGAUUGGAAAGUUGUUUUAGUGAUUGCCAACAGCAAACGGAGAAAAACAUUUGAACGAGUCCUUAAAGCUGGCAAUGCAACUGUAUUCAGUCAAGUGUCUGCCUUCUAUGAAAUUACACAUGUUUUGACAACAAAUCUGGAACACUGUGAAGAUUAUGCUACAUCUUUGAAUGUGCCCUGCUAUUCUGUAAGCUACAUAGGAGAGUAUUUGUUUGGGGAACAAGAUGAAAAUGUAUCAUGUAUAGAACAUUCUUAUGAAGAAUCAUCAAGAAGUUUGUGUUCCUCUUUUGACAAUAUUUGUAAAAAGGAAGAGUUUUCUGAUUUGGAAAAUAAACUGAAGUCUGAGCUGACUUCUCAAAAGUCCCUAAUCUGCAACUACAUGCCAGUUCACUGUGAAUAUUAUACCAGUAUGGUUCCUGAAAUUCAGUGCAAGCCAUCAUCCUUCACCUUGAGUUAUUUUCAACGAAUUGAUUAUCUCAUUAGUGACUUACUUUUUAUAGAAGCACUUGAAGAAGUCCAAAACACUCUGGAAUUGGGUGGCAUUCCACCUGUUCAUGUUUUACAUUCAUUAAUGAGCCAUGCUUUGCAGGAUGAUGCUACUGUUGGUUUCUUGAACAUGUUUACACAUACACUGCAUGAGUUUCUCCACCAGUUUUCUCCUUUGAGUUCAACUUCUCAAGUACAAUUUUUCCUGGAUUUUCUUCAGUGUCCUAUAUGUAAAAAUGGAACAUGGUCAUUUCUUGAAAAUAUUGCCAGAUUCUGCAUUUCUAAGCACUCGUUUUGCCAUCCUCUUCCAAGCCCUGCUUCAUCUCACCUGUUGAAGUUUCAAAGAAGUUUGCUUAUUUUUUUUAUCAGGUUGUUUGAAUCUGACCUCCGUGGCUUAAAAUCAAAAACUACCACCAUUAUGGUCCAUUCAGUUGUAGAAAGUAUAUUUUGGAGUAAUCUGGACAAUUCUUCUUCACCUUUUUCUAAGCCCAUUGAAGACUUUGGAAAACUGAUCAUUUUUGUCCAUGAUGGAGUAAGCAACAGUAAAGAGGCUGACAAAAUGGAAGUAAUUUACAAUGUACAAGAAAUAUUUAGUAUGACAGUGAUGUAUUGGCUUCAGAGCAACCAUAAAUUAAGUCAUCAGCAAAGCAUGAGAAAGUUGAAGGAGCUGGCUGACUAUCUUGUUUUGUUAUUUGAAGACUUACCAUAUGAAGAUUCAGAAAAGCUCAUCUCUCUUUUACAGUCUCCAUGGCUGAAAAUGUUCUGUGCAGAUGCUAUGUAUAGGAAGUUGUGUUCUCAGAAUGGCAUUGUGUUAACAAAAGAACCAAUAUCUCUCUAUAAAAUUGUUUAUACAUAUGCAUUAGCCCUAGGAAAACUAGGUAGUGUUGGUACAAAACAAGCAGGAAGACCUCAGGGGAACAGAAAUGGAAAACAGCUGUGUACUGUACCUGAUACUCCAGCGUUCACUUACAGUGGUGACAGGCAAUACCCUGCCAGUGGUAUGCCAGAUCUUCUUGCCGUGAAAAAUCAAGAGUUGUCUAGAACAAAGUGUUUGUCUGAACAGAAGAAAAUUCCAAGAGGACUGCAUCGAGUGACAAUGACCGGGGAAACAGUUUUGCAUAAGAUCUGCAAGAGGAACCAGUCAGAGGUAUUGGUCAAUGUGCUCUCAGUACCAGGAACUGACAUAAAUGCUAAAGACAAUGCUGGUUGGACACCCUUGCAUGAAGCAUGUAAUCAUGGCAGCACAGAUUGUGUCCACAUUAUGCUACAGCUCUGCCCUGAGUUGGAUCUUCUUAGUGUGGUUGAAGGGGUGACUCCACUGCAUGAUGCACUUAACAAUGGACACAUAGAUAUUGCCAAGAUGCUUCUUCGGCAUGGUGGAGCUGUGCUGCUGGAGCAGAUGGACAAGAAUGGAAAAACCCCUUUAGAUUAUGUCCAGAAGCCGACUGCAGAGGAACUCCUUGCCAUUGUCAAAGAACCAUCCCAGAGUGAAAAGCCAGUUAACACAUUUUUAAUAGAAAUGGGUUGCAGUUUGCUAAAUUCUUUGAUGACCAGCUAUUUGGAAGUCUACCACCUGUUAGUAGAUAGGACCAUCUCCUCCCAGGAUUCAGUGAUUUACCAGCUGAAAGAUUUAGUGGCCACACACACAUUUGAAAGCAUAACCAGCUCCUGGAAUGACCCUGAGAUGAUUCAAUAUGCCAAGGAUUUAGAAACUUUGCUGAAGAUAUCUAUAUAUUACCAGCAAAUAUUGCCAGUGGUAAAGGCAUGCUCAGGGGUGCACAGUAUUGCUUUUGUGUUGUUGCUGGAAUUUUUAUCAUGUCAUUGACUGUGCUUCUCCCCUUAAGUUUCAAACAUAAAACUAAACUUAGUCCCACAGCCAUCUGUUUCUCCAAAUCUUUAAUUUAAAAAAAAAAUAUUUUCUGAUUGCAGUCAACCAUGUCCUUAAAUUAUAAGUUAUUUACUAUGUUUUUUCCUCCAUAAUUCACUUUUUCCAUCUUCUUUCGGUGUAAACAAUAAUACGCUUUUUGAAUUAAAAGUACUGGCAAGUUUGUUUUGAUAAACAAACAUGUUGUGCAGGUAAAAUUUUAGAAAUUCUCUAGGUAGAUUAAAAACUGGUAUUCAACAAAGUUACGGUGUAUGAAAUUAUUAACUGGUAUGUGAUUAAUUUCAUGACAGUAUAUCAAAUGUCAAGUGAGAACUAAUCUGUUCUAGUCGCAACUACUUUACAUCAGAGAAAUAACCUGAUUUGAUCAGCAAAGUUUUGCUUUUUUUUUUUUAUAUGUAUUAUGUUGUUUCCAAAAAGUAGAGAAAGUCAUUGUGUAUUCAAAAAUUCUUCUUAGGGGAAAAAAAGUAUAUUUUGUACGAGUGUGUGAUUUUGAUGUAAGCCAUCUUUAAAAGGCUGACACAGCAAAGUGUUUGUUCAACUUCUUCACCAAUGGUACACUG